UUAAGUGUUUCAGGAAGAAGCUGUGGCAGAAAAGCUCUACGUCGAGCUGGCUGGUACAAACUACUGUUUUCACCUUAAUCUGGAAAUAUUUCAUCUGUGGAAGUGUUUUUAAGGCAGCGUCCUUUGGUGAUCAAAUGGAGGACGCCCUGCACACACUGUCACCAGAUAAUGUUUCCUCCACCCCCUUUGAUUGUCCUCUCUGCCCCACUGCUGCUUCUCUAUACUUCCUCCCCUCCAUCUACAUCCUCCUCUUCUUCACCGCUCUACCAGGAAACAUUCUGUCUUUGUGGGUGUUCCUGCGUUGCAUCUCCACCAUCUCCCCCACCCACGUUUAUCUUUCCCACCUGAGUAUCUCCAACCUGCUGCUGUCCAUCACUGCUCCCUUCCUCGCAGCCUACUACGCCCUCGGUUCAGUCUGGAUGCUGAGUGAUGUUCUGUGUCAGCUCGUCCUGCACGGCAUCACCCCUGUACUACACAUCAACAUCUACAUCAGCCUCAUGAUCCUCACUUGUGUUGCCCUCAGUCGCUUUGCAGCCCUCAUCCAGAACACCCAUGCCUCUAGACCCAGCGCCUUCACCACUGUGCUGCCUCACGCCUUCUUCACUCGCCUCACAAAGGUCUCCUUUGCUAAUGCCGUGUGUGUCACAAUGUGGGUGGUGUCAGUUGGGGGCAUCGUGCCAGUGACGGUGUACUACUCGGUGAACGAGGCUAUGAGCUGUGACGCUGCUGCAGCUGGAGAAGCUGAGAAAGGGCAAUGUGCAGAGGUGUGCUACAGCCCAGCGGUGGAGCUGGGAGGCAGCCUGUCUGGGACUCUUACUGUGGCGGUUAUCACCAUAUUCUUUGUGUUCUACCUUCUGGUGCUGCUGUCCUACAUGGCGGUGCUGAGGCACGUCAGACGCUCACGUCGCGACGCUAACAUCACCACCUCCAAGAGCCUGCUGAGCAGGGUGCUGCGAAACAUUGUGGUUAUCCAGGUCGUUCUUUCAGUUUGCCUCCUGCCGUACCAUAUCUUCAAACCCAUCUUCAUUUCUCUGGCCCAGUCCCCAUGCACCAACACCCGCAACGACUGUCACCCACUCUCCAUCUUCGUCGAGCUGAAGAAUUGCCUGUUCCUUCUCGCUGCACUACGAGCCUCAACUGACCCGGUGAUGUACUUUCUGUUGGACAGGACCUUCCGUAGUCAAACCCUCAGACUUUUACGGUGCAACCAGAAAAUCCCGGAACGAAGACAAAAAUUUUGGUUGACUACAGAAAGCACCAAUCAGAAGGUUGAGAAGGUAGGGGAGGAAAAUGUGGUGGCAGCUACUGUGGAUUGAAGUCACAGUGUUUUGUAGCUGACGCAGAUUUUCUACUGAAAGAACUCUGUAAUGCGAGUACUCAAGUGAAUGCGCUGCAACAAUUACUUGUAUAUAGCAACAAAACAAAUGCUUGAGUUAGUGUAUUCACGUAUUUAUGGAAGAAAACUACUUUAGUGGUGAACAACUUAACCCUCUGAAACCUAAAACUCGCUGGCAGGUUUGGAAGGUUCAGGUUGGAAAAUUAACCAAAUCUAAGUCUAAAAUUGUGACAUUUCAUUAACAACAGGAUAUAUUACGUGUCUUGUUCAGAAAUUUGCCAAAAAUAAACUCUUUGCUUGAACCAAAUUCUUUUUGGCUGAACUGCAGGCUGUGUUUAAACAGAGCAUAUAGGGAAUGUAGGGAAGCAAUCAUCAAAGACAUUUAACUUCUGUUGUUUUUUUUUGGGGGGGGGGAUUGUUUUUUCAGGAUUUUUUGAAUUAUAAAUAUGUCAUACUGCACAGAAGAAAUUUCUGAGUUCUCUCUGCUUCUAGCCAUAGCUGUGCUGUUUUUUAUAGAGAUACAGGACUUCCUAUUGUAGUGCAAAAUAAGCCCACACUGAGUAAAAAUGUGAAAGGAGCAUAAAAAACAACCAGACACUGCUUGGAGUUCAGAGGGUUAAGAAGUAAAGGAAUAAAUACCAGCAUACUGAUGCUACUCUUCAUCUCCUCAGGUAACAAACUGAACAUGCACUUGUAAAUAAUGGUCAAUUUGUGUAAAAUGUCACAAUAUUAUCUCCUAAUUAGAUCAUCUGCUUCUAAUCUCUCAAGAGGGAUCACAAAGUUCCCAUGUGGAUAUUACAGAAGUAUUAAUUAUGCUCAAUUAAAAACACCAACAGGUUUAAUUACUUGCUUUGUUUGUUGUGUCCUAUAUUAUAUUAUGACUUAAUAAAUAAAUGAGAAAAUCAGAUAUGUGUGGACUACGCUUGUUAUGUCAGAAAGUAAAUACGAGUGUCAACGAGUCUUUAAACUUUGGUAUUUGCUGUGUAGAGGUUUGAAAUGUAACAUCCAUCAUGGUCAGGUUAAAUAAAAGUCUUUUUGUUUGUACGAAUAA